AUGGCCAUCGCUAGCUUGGACGGCGCUUCCAGCAUCAAUGUCACCGUUCGAGUGCGCCCUUUCACCAUUCAAGAAGCUGCGCAGAUUACCAAACCAGAAGAUGGCCCUCUCUUCCUCGGCGAUGGCUCGUUGGCAGCCGUGCCGUCUGCGCCGAAGUUUGGGAAGAAGGGCUUGAGAAGCGUGAUCAAGGUGGUGGAUGAGAAAUGCCUAGUGUUUGACCCCCCCGAAGACACACCCGUGCAGCGCUUCAGUCGCGCGGUCAUGCCGCAAGGGAAGCGCACCAAGGACCAAACAUUCGCCUUCGAUCGGGUCUUCGAUGACAACACCACUCAGCAAGACGUAUACGAAGCCACGACGAAAAAUCUCCUCGACUCAGUUCUCGACGGCUACAAUGCCACGGUGUUCGCCUACGGUGCCACGGGCUGCGGGAAAACACACACCAUCAGUGGCACGGUGCAGCAACCUGGGAUCAUCUUCAUGACCAUGCAAGAGCUGUUUGAAAAGGUGGAAGAUUUGAAGUCGGAGAAGGAGAGCGAAAUCACACUCUCAUACCUGGAGAUUUACAACGAAAUGAUCCGCGACCUGCUGGGUCCUUCUGCUGGCGGAAAGCAGGGACUGAUGCUUCGAGAAGAUGCGCAACACGUCGUGUCGGUCGCCGGGUUGUCAUCACACAAGCCGCAGACAGUCCAAGAGGUCAUGGAGUUGGUUGUUCGGGGGAAUGCGGCGCGCACACAGUCUCCCACGGAAGCGAAUGCGACUUCCUCGCGCUCUCACGCCGUGCUGCAAAUCAAUGUCAGCCUCAAAGAUCGCGACACCUCCACCACCGAGCCCGUGACCAUGGCCACACUUUCAAUUAUCGACCUGGCUGGAUCGGAGCGCGCUUCUGCUACCAAAAACCGCGGUGAGCGCUUGCUGGAAGGAGCCAACAUCAACAAAUCCCUCCUCGCGCUCGGCUCCUGCAUCAAUGCACUCUGCGACCCCCGUAAGAAGAACCACGUCCCAUACCGCAACUCCAAACUCACCCGACUGCUAAAAUUCAGCUUGGGAGGAAACUGCCGCACCGUCAUGAUCGUCUGCGUCUCCCCCAGCAGCGCGCACUUUGACGAAACGCAAAACACGCUGCGCUACGCAAAUCGAGCGAAGAACAUCCAGACAAAGAGCGUGCGCAACGUGUACAACGUGGACCGCCACGUCAAAGACUACCUCAAGAAGAUCGACGAGCAGAUGAACCGCAUCAACGAAUUGACGGCCCAACAAAAGCAGUAUGAAGAAAUGGCCUUCGCCAAGUUCCGCAAGUGCGAGGCCAAGCGAGCAGAAGUGACGCGCGAAGGAAUCCAGCGAGUGCGCGCGGCGUACGAACAUUCGUCGAAUGAGCGCAAGGAUCGCGUGAACCACAUGAAGAAGCUGCGGCAGAUUGAGAAGCGCAUUGCUGCCAUCAGCGGCUGGAUCGGCGCUUUUGAUCAGGUGUGUGAAGCGAGGGAAGAGGAAGAGCCGCCGACGUCUCUGGCCUCCAUGCGCAAGACUGCUCAAGGUAUCUUGGUGGAGUUGGAGGGGAGUCGGCAGCAUUACCAUCAGCGCCUUGCGAAGAGCAACUGGACACGCGCGAUCGAUACUGCGCUGCAGGAUGGGCUACGACAGCUUCAGAAUCUGGACGGUGCGGUGACCGACAGUGUGGACGAGACAUCGCUGCGCAAAGAAGUGGAGCUCCUGAAGUCGCGCGCGGACAUUGAAGUGCACACUUCCGUGCUCGAGCAAGAAAAGGGAGGCGAGGCGGCUUUGAUGCAGGUCAUGCUAUCGGCACACUUCGAGACAAUCGCCAUCCUCAAUCAAAUCCUCCAAACGAGCGAGGAAGACGCGAUGCACGCCGCGCGAGGCGUCCUGGGCAAGCUACUAACCAGCUGCACCGAAGCAGCCGGCCAAGUCAUCAAGCCCGACGGCGGCCUGCAGAUCAUCGAAGCGGUGCCGCCCUCCAAGAGCGGCACGCCGAAGAAGCGCAAGCAGGUGCAGCUGCUGGGACCGAGCCCGCUGAAGCAGAAGCUGAUGCCGGCUUUCAACGCGCCCAUCUCCGCUGUGCCUCCGCAUGUGGCCGCGGCCGUGCAGCACGCGAGUCCGAGUGGCUCUAUGAGUCCGCAGAAGUCUUUGGGUUCACCGCAGCGCAGGAUCAAGAUUGGAGGGGCGCGGAGGGGAAUCACUUUCUCGGGGACGCCGAAGAAGAAGUCGCCGAAGAAACGAGGGGUGAGGUGGAGAGAUGAUAUUGAUGAUGGGACGCUGGUGGAAUUCCAGCCUACGCCGAAGGCCUUUGACAGCACCCCGGAAGACCGCUCAGGAACUCCGGAUCUGCCUGACGUGCCGGUGCUAUCGAGCGGAGUAGAGCCUGACGAAGACUCUAGUCCGUUACCACUUGGGCCUGUCUCCAGCGAAAUUCGCAAGGCCGCGGGCACUGGUCGCUUUGCUGCUGGAUUCCUCGCCAAGAAGAACGACAGUGGCUCUCCAUCUAUGCCUCCGCCUCCCACCCUCACCCUCGGCGCCAUGUCGAGCGAUGAAGACGAGAUCAGCCCGCUGAGAGAGAUGGCCGCCAAUAGCGCGCCUCGCCUACACUCACUACCCCCCACCGACACCUCCGCCGCCAACCCCGCCAUAGCCUCCGACGUAGAGAACGACGCCGCAUCCACCACCUCCAAUUCCGACGUCGACAAACCCUUCCCCAGCUCGAAGGAAGACGCGCAGAAAAUCCGCAACGCGAUGAAACUCAAGCGCACCUCCUCCGUCGGCGGCGGAAGUCACACCGCCGCCCGCUCGCGCGAAAGCCUCGCGCAUACCCGUCGCCGCUCCCCGACUGCCACUUCGUCUCCGCCCGAGAGCAUCUUCUCCGCUUCGCAUGCACGGCGCAUGGUGAAGGGCGAGCGCGACGAUGCGGCUGCGCGCGGGGUGCUGAGUCCGCGCUCGGCGCCGGUGAUGAAGGGCAAUGGGCCGGUGGCGGUAAGACGGUCGAUGAUUGAGGGCGGGGUGAUGUCGUCUACGCCGAGUCAGGGUGGUGUUGGGAUGAGAGGGCCUAUGCGGCAGAGUACAAUUGGGCCCGGGAGUGCUAACAGGGUCAGUGGGUCGAAGGCGGCUUGGAGAUGA